AUGUCCGUCACGCUACACACAUCUCUAGGCGACCUGAAAAUCGAAGUCUUUUGCGAGAGCGUUCCCAAGACCGCCGAGGCACGAAAACCCUCCACCCCCAACUCACGUUCCUCCAAGUCUAACACGCACAUGGCACAGAACUUCCUCGCCCUCUGCGCCUCCGGCUACUACGAUAAGUCGCCCUUCCACCGACUCAUCCCCGCCUUCAUGGCGCAGACCGGCGCGCCCGCCACGCCCUCGCCCCCCGACAACCCCAAGGGCGGCCGGUCCAUCUGGGGCGGCGCCUUCGACGACGAGAUCCGCCCGGCGCUGCGGCACGCCGGCCGCGGCGUCGUCUCCAUGGCCAACAAGGGGCCCGGCACCAACGGCUCCCAGUUCUUCGUCCUGUUCGACCGCGCGCCGCACCUCGACGGCCUCAACACCGUGUUCGGCAAGGUCAUCGGCGACGACGGCCUCGCGACGCUGGCGCGGAUGGAGGCGAUCGAGGUCGACAAGAAGAACCGCCCGCGCGAGCCGCUCUGCAUAGAGCGCGUGACGAUCCACGCGAAUCCGCUGGCGGACUGA